AUGGCUGCAAAGUGCCCCAACAAGAAGAAAGAUACAACGCCCGCGGCAGCCGCGAACGUAGCUGAAGGAGACGGGAAGGGCGUGGCGCUCACCGUCGCGUGUUCGGCUGCAAAGUUGCUGGCCGACGACAAGGACUUGUGGUUUCUUGACUCAGGAUGCUCCCAACACAUGACCGGCCGCAAGGAGUGGUUCACGGUGAUCCGUGACCCAUCUGCAACGAAAUUAGUCAAAGGGUUUGAUGGUUCUAUGCAGGAAGUUGCCGGUGUUGGUGAGGUUUUGCUGGAGGGCACUAAUGGCUUGCGUGUGACCCUACAUGAUGUCCUCUUUGUGCCAGGAAUGAAGGCCAACUUGGUCUCCCCUGGGCAGCUCUUGGACAAGGGAGCAAAGCUGCAAACCGAGGAAGGUGUCACCCGCAUCAUCGCAUCAGGAGGUCAAGUGGCUGCAACGGCACGAUACCGCCAUCGCCUUCACUGCCUUGACCUGAAACCGGGGCCAGCAAGGAACGGUGCAACAGCUGUAGCGGCAUGCAACGGUACGGCGGCUGCAGCGGCAUGCACCGAUAUGGCGGGUGGAGCGGCGAGCAACGGCACAGGGGCUGCAUCGGCAUGCAAAGGCAGGGCGGCUGCGGCGGCAUGCAACGGCAGGGCGGCUGCGGCGGCAUGCAACGGCACGGUGGCUGCAGCAAUAUGCAACAAUACGGCGGCUACAGCGGCAUGCAAUGGCACGGCGGCUGAGGUGGCAUGCAACGGUAUGCCUAAGGCAUUUGCUGAGGUGGUGUCAAGCGCGCCGGAAGAGAAUGACGAAGCGGCCAGCCUCACAACAUAUGCGGUGGGGACCGAGGCGAUGCUCAACCUGCGGCACACUUACAUUGAGAAUGACCAUGCUGGUGCGGUGCAGUGGACAGCCGCAAACAGUGGCAUGCUAGGCAUGGACCUAGAGAAAGGAGGGGAGGACACGUCGAGCGCCUCCUCCCAAGAAGCCAAACUCACUCGUCAAACGCUUCCGCUGCCUGACGAGCGAGAGGGGGAGGUUCUUGGAAUGGUCCAUGGCCCUGAGCAGAAUCAGCCGCCGUCACGUACCGUCAUCAUAAUCUCAGUGCCGUCCGUGCAAGGGGGCGAACAACCGUUUGAUCGUUCGGUUGACCCUGCGGGCAGCAACGCAACCAUAGCUCCGCCAGCUCUCUGUCCAUUCUUAGCUGCUGGCGUGGCACCUGUAGGACCAGAGGUUGGUCCCUCUGCAGAUGAACGACGUGCAGCUGAUGAGGACAAGGAAGGAGAUGCAACGGACCUGAAAUCGGCGGCAACCCAUGGGAAGGACCCCAUACCCACGGUUCCGCCCCUCCAGCCCACUCCCCCACCCCCAUGUCAUUCUAGCAGGUCCAACAAGGGUAUGCCACCUGUUCGGCUUCCCGCAUCCACCAUGACAGCCUCGGAUGCGGUUGAUGGCAACAACAUGUACGGCAUUGCAUUCCUUGCUCGAGGUGCUUAUGGCACGGACAUCUACUAUGAUGUGGAGUACUUGAAUGAGGUUGAUGAGGAGGAAGGGGGAUUGGGGAGCGUCAUCAUCAACCUCGGAGUAACCUUGACCGGACCUGAAGGCAAGGUGGUGGACAAAGGUCUCCUCGUGGUGGAAUACAUGUCAUCCACGGAAGGCUAUCUUGGUCUGCAGAUUGUGCGCGACCGCCCCAACAAGACACUCCUCCUGCACGAGAAUGCAUAUGUGGCGAAGGUGCAGCAGCGGUUCUUCAAGGGGGCGCCACCAAAGAAGCAGCCGAUCACCCCUCUCUCCUCUACCAGCUUUGUCAUAGAGGAUGCUGAGCUGUUUGCCGAUCGCACCAUGACCGACCGCCUUGCAGCAGCAGCCGGGCUGGUCCAGCGUGCUCCUGACAGCAAGGGGGCGUGUUAG